AUGGCUUCUCCGUCCCGAGGCAAGGACCUGUUCCCGGCGGAGGAGGAGGGCCCGGGGCCCGGGGCCGCCGAGGGGCCGGCGGAGGAGCGCCGCGUCCGGGUCUCCAGCCUGCCCUUCAGCGUGGAGGCGCUCAUGUCGGACAAGAAGCCGCCCAAGGAGGCGUCCCCGCGGCCCGGGGAGAGCGCCGCCGCCGCCGCGGCCACCCUGCGGCCGCCGCCGCCGCCGCCGCUGCCGGGACCCGGCGCCCGCGAGGCGCGCAGCCCCGGCGCGCGGGCCCAGCCCUUCGAGGCCGCCGCGGUCAAGUCGGAGACCUCGGAGGACGCGGCGGCGUGGAUGCCGGAGCCGGGCCGAUACUCGCCGCCGCCGAGACACCUGAGCCCCACCGCCUGCACGCUGCGCAAGCACAAGACCAACCGCAAGCCACGCACGCCCUUCACCACGGCGCAGCUGCUGGCGCUGGAGCGCAAGUUCCGGCAGAAGCAGUACCUGUCCAUCGCCGAGCGCGCCGAGUUCUCCAGCUCGCUGAGCCUCACAGAGACCCAGGUGAAGAUCUGGUUCCAGAACCGGAGGGCCAAGGCCAAGAGACUGCAGGAGGCCGAGCUGGAGAAGCUGAAGAUGGCCGCCAAGCCCAUGCUGCCCUCGGGCUUCAGCCUCCCCUUCCCCAUCAACUCGCCGCUGCAGGCCGCCUCGCUCUACGGCGCCUCCUACCCCUUCCACAGACCUGUGCUGCCCAUCCCGCCCGUGGGACUCUAUGCCACCCCGGUGGGCUACGGCAUGUACCACCUCUCCUAA